UCCGGCUGCGGCCGCACCCCCGCCCGGAGGGCAGGCGUUGGCGGCUAACCUGAGAGGCGUGGACAGGAGGUGAGCUGUGUUCUUUCCACCUUAACCUUCAGAGAGCUUCUUACAGCUCAUGGUGGCAAGUGCAGGUCAUGACCCAGAAGGGCAGCAUGAAGCCUGCGAAGAAAAAGAAAACCCAGGAGCCUGAAUUGGAGCCCCUGUGCUGCUGCGAGUACAUAGAUCGAAAUGGGGAGAAGAACCACAUGGCUGCCUGCUUGUGUGAUUGCCAAGAUCUCGAUGAAGGCUGUGAAAGAUGGAUUAAAUGUAAAUCCAUACAGCCAGAGACUUGCGAACGAAUCAUGGAUACAAUUUCUGAUCGCCUCCGAAUUCCUUGGCUCAGGGGAGCCAAAAAAGUUAACGUUAGUAUCGUUCCCCCACUCAUCUUACUGCCCGUCUUGCUCCAUGUGGCUUCCUGGCAUUUCCUGCUGGGGGUGGUGGUUUUGAUCUCUCUUCCUGUGCUGGCACUGUGGUACUACUACCUCACUCACAGAAGGAAAGAACAGACUCUGUUUUUCCUGAGCCUCGGACUGUUCUCACUGGGCUACAUGUACUAUGUGUUCCUUCAGGAAGUGGUCCCCAAAGGACGUGUGGGACCCACUCAGCUGGCUGUUCUUACCUGCGGGUUGUUUCUGAUACUCUUAGCCUUGUACAGAGCCAAGAAGAAUCCAGGCUACCUCAGAAACCCAGCAAGCAAUGACAGUUCUCUCAGCAACAGCCAAAUCGAAUCCCUGAACAGAACAGGGCACGAGAAGACCAAAGCGUUCUCUGGAGCAGAUAUGUCGGGAAGCCUCAGCAAUCGGACCAUGAAGGAUGAUCUUAAGGGCCCUUCCAGGAUGGUGGCUGGCAGCCCCACCGAGGUGAAGGAAGACUGGUGCGCCAAGUGCCAGCUGGCGCGACCAGCCCGCGCGUGGCAUUGCCGGUUAUGUGGCGUCUGUGUGAGGAGAAUGGAUCAUCACUGCGUCUGGAUAAAUAGCUGUGUUGGAGAAUCAAAUCAUCAAGCAUUUAUACUUGCCCUUUUGACCUUCUUGCUCACGUCGGUGUAUGGGAUAACGCUUACCUUGGACACCAUUUGUAGAGACAGAAGUGUCUUCACAGCGCUCUUCUAUUGCCCUGGAGUGUACGCAGACUACAGCUUGGCUCUAUCCUUCACCUGUGUGUGGUACUCUGUGAUCAUCACAGCGGGCAUGGCCUACAUCUUCCUGAUCCAGCUGAUAAACAUCAGCUACAAUGUGACCGAGCGGGAAGUCCAACAGGCCCUCCGACAAAAGACCGGGCGCCGGUUCCUCUGUGGCCUCAUCGUGGACACAGGCCAGUACAGCCGGGGCCUCCUGCAGAACUGGUACCAGUUCUGCACCCUGGGAACCCAGGCCACCCACCACCCUGCUGAGGACAUUGUCUGAAGUGCCUUCUGUACGGCUCUGAGGGACGGCUGCACCCUGUCUCUCUUCCAUUUUACACUUCCACGUCUACGCUGGAUGCUCGUUUUCACCCCCAAAGGCUUUAGAGGGCCAUGCUCAGGUUUAGAGGCUGGACUGGGAAGAAGUUAAUGUUCCUGACUUCGUGACUUAAGAGAUUUUUAUAUCGAAGCAGUAAAGUAGAGCCAUUCUUUUCCAGUCACCUUAUUAACUCAGUCACCAGAAGUUGAAAAGGACGUGGAUUGUGAAUGCACAAAUUGAUAGAAGCAAUUCCCAUCCAUUAGUAUGAGAGAAAGAGCUUUGGAUUAGGGUAGUUUCUAGUCUCUCUUUCAAUUCUUAAUAGCCUUCUAGUCUCUCUUUCAAUUCUUAAUAGCCAUGUGACCUUUAGUCAAGUCACUUCCCCGGGUCUCAGGUUCAUCUGUAAAGUGGGGUACUGCCGCCUUCCUCGGCCACCUCAGUGUGGUUGCGAGGGUCACGCAAGGGAUGAGGUGUGUGGAACACACUCGAGAGUGACUGAAGCACCAGAGGGGUGAAUAUUAGGAAAGUCCUAAGACUGAAGAAAACGUUUGUAGGUCAGAAUAUUGAAGCCCAUAUUAGGGUAUUGGUUUCCAGCAUUUCAGUGAAAAGGCUCUGUGUUGUACCACAUUGUACAGUUAGACCAGAUAGAUUUAUGACACAAUUCACCUGAUCUUGAGAGGACAGUUGAUAACGAUAAUUAUUGUCUAUUGUACAGUGGUCAUGAGUUAAGGUGAUAGUAGGUAUUUACCUUAUCUUCCUUCUCACAUAUUUACUGUUUUGAUUUAACUUCGAUAAGCAUUAAUGUUUUCUUUCCUCUUUUCCAUGUUUCACCUGGUAAGGUGCUAACAGUCUUCUGAUGAUGGCUGAAGAGGCGAAUGGACAUUCCUAUGGGAAACACUUUACUCUUUUUCCUGGGUAGGGUGGCUGAUCAGUAUCAAGGGCUUGAUUUUGUUCAUGUAAGUAUUUAAAAUGCUCUCAGUUAUAGCACUAAAUUGCACAAAGCAGUCUUCUGGCGAUCGCGUUAUACUGGCAUGAACUUGCUCUUGGGAGUUGAUUGGCGUCUUUCCACUUCACUUGCACGUGACUUCUCAUUCACCUUUCCCUUUCAGUUCCUCUAAAGGAAAGGCUCUCACUAGGAGAGAAAAAACGGUACGGAUGGUUUCCACUCAUUGACGGAUUGCUGUUCUUUGAUAGCUGUUCCCAAAAUAAGCUGUUUCUUUAAUCAUGUCUCAAAAUUGAAAAUGUGUAAGGGGUUAAAUAUUUAUAUAGAAUGGGUCAUUCUGAUCUAGAGUUAAGACGAGAGAGUUUGGGAGGAGGAAAUACCCCCUGAAAUGUUGUAUUUGUAUGUGCCUGUUUUUGCAUCUCCAAAGAUAAUUCACGAGUCCUUCAAUUUGCCUUGGUUUAUAUUGCCACAUCUUUCUCCCACAGAGUGGUUGGUGGGUUCGAACUACCGACCUAUCAGUUAGCAGCUGGGUGCUUAACCACUGUGCCACCAGGGCUUCCUGUAGCUUAGUAGAGGGAAAUAUUGCCAGCAUUUUCUGUCUUUCUGCGCAUGCUGCUUUAGCAAGAGAUUUAUAAAUGUUGGCAGGAAAUACUGCUACUUCCCGCAAUCCUGCUCUCUGCAGCUAGCACCGUUCCUAGACUUGCCAUUAAUCGGGCAGUCCCUAAGACAGUCACGAUUCACUCAGGCUUGGGAGCCGCCUGGCGUCGUUUUCCCCAGAGAUGUACUGAGUAAUAAACUUUCUGCUCUGCAUCCCAUGCGCCAAAGGGCGAGUGUGGGGAUGUCAGCAGAGGCUGUGGUUUCUACAGUGAUGCCCUCUCCCUGGCCCAGAGUCUAAUAAUUCAUUUGGAAUUAAAGUUGGAUGUGAUAUGACUAAUUCCUUUCUUGUAGGUUUUAGGCAGGAGAGUAAUAACAUCCAGGGGCAGCAUAUGUGGCUAGGAUUGUAGUUGUUGCGUAUCUUGAGUGCCAGAUGUAGAGCCAACUCUUGAUUCUUUGGCAACUGAUGAUAAAAAUCCUUGGAAACCUUAGUAUAGUUAGUAAUUUAAACCUCUUGCCAAAUGUUUAACAAGAGAAUUGGGGAUGAUCAUCAUCUUCUUAACCAACACACCUUUGAUAGGGUUACCUGGAUGGGGUAACUCGGUUUCCCUCGCUUGCAUAGGGACUCCUUGUAUAUCAUCCUGGCUUAUGGGAAUUAAGAUGCUUGCUUUAAGUUCCUUGAAAACUCCACGGUUGCCAAUUCAUAGAAGAAAGCUAACUCUAUUUUAAAAGCCUAUUGAAGUGUGUGUCCCCGAAGGAACAGCAGAUAGGCUAUCCAUGAGUGGUGUUUUAUAGGCUGUGGGACAUCCUUGGUCUCUAAUGGUAGACUUUGAGCCCUUUUAUGAUCUGGGACUACCUGAGGGAUUUUGUUACUGGCCUUGGCUCUUUCCAGAAGGCAGGAGAACUUAUUGUGCACCCUUUGAAGGACAAGGCCUCUGUGAAGGGGCAGCUCUGGGUAAGGGGAUCACCCUGUGAACCUACGAACCAGCAGUCCCUUGGCCCCAGGAACGAGUCUCUGAACGUGGUUCUAGACAAGCAGGUCCCCUCACCUCACCCCACAUCCUCAGCUUUGUUUACCUACCACUCACAUUCCUGUCAUGCCACCGCCUCCUAUUUCUGGGGUAGAAAUGGGUCCAUUUGAAAGACUCAGUUAAGAUCAGGAUUGCAUGAAAGGAGGAAAUCCUGCAAUAUUUACGUGUGUGUUAUUAUACACAGUACUUUGUGGUGAUAGCCGGGCACACCUAAAGUGAAGUGACCAUUGACAACGCCUCUUCGGUAGGUUUCCCACACUGCUGAAGUAAAGCCUUAAGCGUGUUCUAGGGAGAGUGUGCUGCUUAUUUCACCUCAGCCACACGCGUGUUUGUGUUUAGGAUAUUGUAAGUCUUUGCUGUACAAGUAGUGUCUUUCUUGGGUGAAUGAAGUAAUUGUUAUCUUCCACUGUACCAUGUACCUAGCAGAAAGAUUGCUAUAAACUUUCUCUCAUGCCAGUAAUCCUUGGUACUUCUGAUGCUUUUAGCAAGAGAUAAUUUUCUGUACCAGAAUCUUCCACUGCCAGAAAACACAAUGCCAGUAAGGUUCUACAUCACCCGGAACACUGCUUAACAGACUGUAUUUCUUUUGGGUAGUGUAGUGGCUUUUUAUUAUAAAGCUCAACUAUCAUAAACAAAAAUAAAGACAUCUAGAAGCACAGUUUUGGCCAGAUGUUUAAAAAUGGUUUUGUGAGGUCAAAGGUCCCUGUGAAGUAGGUAAGUUUAUAUGGACUUGGAGCAGUUCUACUCUGUAACACAGGGGGUUGCCAUGAGUUGCAGUUGACUCAAUGGCAGUGAGGUUUUUUUUUUCUAACGUAUAUAUGGACUUACCUCAUUUCAGCCAUAUUUUGGUACCCUGAAAUUUGAAAAUGAGCAUUUCCUCAAACAAGCAGUGGAUUAUAGAGACCUUCAGGUCAGACACCUGUUUGGAAUCUGGUUUUCUCAUGAGCAGCUAGACAAGUCUGACAUCUUGUGUUAGACAUUGCAGAGGGACGCAGGGAUAAUGACAGCCACGCUUAACUCAGUGCUGAGUAAAAUUCAGUAUGUUCCACGGGAUGUUUGUUGUGAUUAGCACAAACUUUUUGCAAAAUCAGCUAAAUUUAAUCCUGUUGCUAAUGGACAAUUAGCCACACUUCAGUUGGCAACAGGCCAAAAGGCCUAUCAGCAACAGGCCAAAGACUGGAUGGUUAAUGGAGACAAAUUUCUUAGAGGUUGUAGCUAUCUCUGAGUUGGGCUUGUGACUUACUCUAGCCUUCCCUGUGGCACUUUUCACCUCUAGAAAGUUUGUACUUUCAAGGCAAAGCUUUUAAAAUGAGAGUCUAUUCUAGUUAUGGACGCAACUAAAACUAUUUCUUCCGAUGGAGCUACUGGAAAGAUGCCGUAUUAUGGAGCUCGCAAGCUCAACGCACUGUGAUCCUGUCGUCUAGAUGACUUGUGUUGUUAGAGGGCUUUUGAGCCUUCUCAUUUGAUCACACUUCAGGGUCUGAUGUUAGACAAAAGGAAACCUAGGAAUAUUUAUUUAAUAUUAAAUCAGUAUUUAAUAUCUAAUGUAACUGGCCCAGUAACACUAAAGGGGAUUUCCAAAGCCAACUUUGGAGGCUGUGUGCUAAACAAACACAUUGCACUGUUUUUAUACUUGUAUUCAUGUCUUCUUAAUCACCUCAGACUCAGACACAAGGCCUUUUAAAUGGAGAUUUAAAAAAUUACUGCCAUUUAUGUCAAAUAAUGUACUGUGAACAAGUUGUUUAAAUGGAAAAUAAAGUGCUUUCUUUAAAGGAAAAUCGUAUUUCUUGGUAU